AUGGAGCUUGUAGUUCAACUCAUUAAGAAGACAGCAGGAGAAGCGGGAUCUCAUCGGGCUAAGCCAGCCAGCCGCGUAGGGGGAGCGCAGGGAGCGCACGCCAGCCGGGAGGAGGAGGAGGAGGAGGCGGGGAAGGGGCGCGCGCGCGCCGGACAACGUGUGAACGUCCUUGCCGGAGUUGUAGCAACUGGCCUCUCCCCAGCCCAGCCCGCUCCCGUCCAUCCAUCCCUCCCUCCAUCCACUCACCCACCUGCCUCCCCGCCCGCCGCCGCGAUGCUGCUGCACUCCGUGGGGGCGCACACCUUGCAAGCCCUCAGCCAGGUGGCCGCCUGCGUGCUCCUGCUGCCCCGCUUCCUCCUGACGGCCGUGAUGCUCUGGCUCUUGGACUUCUUGUGCAUCCGCAAAAAGCUCCUCCUGACGGCCGCCCCCGCGGGGCCCGGAGAGGAAGAGGCGGCGGCGGCAGAAGCAGAAGCAGCACCAGCAGCGAGCGGCCCGACGGCCCCUCCGGACGACCCGCCGCUCUGCGUGUCGGACUCGAACCGCAUGUUCACGCUGGAGUCGCUCAAGGCCGUGUGGCACGGGCAGAAGCUGGACUUCUUCAAGGCGGCGCACGUCGGGGCGGCGGCGCCCAACCCGGAGGUCAUCCAGCUGGACGGGCGGACGCGGCGCCGCAUCCUGGACUACGCGCGCGGCAAGCGGCCGCUGAUCCUCAACUUCGGCAGCUGCACCUGACCGCCCUUCAUGGCCCGCCUGCGCGCCUUCCAGCGCCUGGCCGCCCGCUUCGUCGACAUCGCCGACUUCCUGCUGGUCUACAUCGAGGAGGCGCACCCGUCGGACGGCUGGGUCAGCUCGGACGCCGCCUACGAGAUCCCCAAGCACCAGUGCCUGCAGGACCGGCUGCGGGCGGCGCAGCUCCUCCAGGCCGGCGCCCCGGGCUGCCCGCUGGCCGUCGACACCAUGGACAACGCCUCGAGCGCCGCCUACGGGGCUUACUUCGAGCGCCUCUACAUCGUCCAGGAGCAGGUGGUGAUGUACCAGGGCGGGCGCGGGCCCGAGGGCUACAAGAUCGCCGAGCUCCGCAGCUGGCUCGACCGGUACAAGAGCCGCCUCCAGGGCGGGCCCAGCACCGUGGUCGUCCAGGUGUAAGAAGGGG